AUGCCUGCGCCUGCAACACGACACCCCUGCCUGUGGCAUGGCACCCCCGUGCUCCUGCUCCUCCUGCCCGCUCUCGCCACUGCCCUCGGCUGCGCCAACCUCCGCACCCAACAGAGCACCUUCAACUGGCACAGCCUCCAGCUCCUCAAAGACAUGGCUCCCAGCUCGCCUCCAUCCUGCGCCCAACACGACGAGCCUCUCCCCUUCCCCGACACCCUCCUGGCAAUCCACGACCCACAACAAGCCACCGCCGCCAUCCACCGCACCCUCAACCACCUCUUCACCACUCUCAGCGAAGAAAACACCCCCGCGCACUGGCACAACAGAACCAAGCUCCUCAACCAGCUUCAGCAUCAAAUCCAACACCUCCAGCAAUGCCUCACAGCUGGCAGCAGGCAUUUCAAAAGCCAAGGGCCCCGCAACCUCAACAUCACCAGAUACUUCCACCACAUCCAGAAAUUCCUCCGCACCCACAACCACAGCCCCUGCGCCUGGGAAAACGUCCGCCUCAUAGCGCAGACUUGCUUCCAACACAUCCACAAGCUGACGCGGAGAAUGGCAGGCCACUCGGCUCCCUCCCUCCAAACCCAUCCUCCUCCAAACACUGUCCCCAAUGCUGCUUCCCUCCCCCACCCCACAACUAAGCCAGGCCAGCACAACCCCAAAGCUAAGCCUGCUCUGCACUCCCCCCGCACGUCAAACACUGCGUGGCCGAAGGACACCGCGCUCCUUGCUCGCUGGCAGGGCCACAACGGCCAUGCACUUCCACCACCUCGCCAUCCCUACAACGACAUGCAGAAGGACAAACGCAAAACGGCACACCGCAUGCAGCCGCAGAGCAAGGAAGGGAAACACACGGCACCACAUACAUUCGGGGACACAGCAAGAGCCCUCGGAAGCACAAGCGAGCCCCAGGGCACGCUGAACACCUCCUGA